AUGUCAAUCUUACUUGGCUCCAACAAUGAGCCUCUCAAACUUACAAAAUUUCAUAUUGACGGCAUCAUUCAUAAUAACUCAGCCGAAUUCACUUUCCAUCAGCACUACUUAAACACCUCCAAUGAAGAAAUCCACGCAAAAUAUAUUUUUCCAUGCAUUCCCAACAUUACCCUCGUAAAUCUAUCAACUUACAAAACUAGGUCGAACUCAAGUCUUAAAAUAGAAGAAGUUCAUAAGGUUCUGAAAUCAUAUGAAGAUGCAAAAAACGCUGGAGAAAAUUCUUACACUCUUGAAAAACUACAAGAAUAUGACAUGAUGGUAUAUAGCGUUGAGAAAAUUGCUGCGAAUGAAGGAAUCCAAGUUGAUACAGUUUUUGCUUGCAAAGCAGAGAAGAUGCUUUCAGAGCCUUAUUGGAAGCUCAAAAUCCCUAAGGAAUUAUUUCCGCCUGGACAUCAAGAAAUUCCAUAUACAGCAGAUAUCCAUUCAUUUUGGGACUAUUCUCUUAGACAAUAUAAUAAGUUUUUACUUGAAAGUGGAAAUUUUAUAAAACUUGAAGUUGAUUUCGGAGUUGCGGGCUUUAUGAAUUUUAGCCCAGAUAAUGAUCUUGAAGUCGUUUACUAUUUCGAAACACCUCAGGAAUCUUAUCUUACAAUUCAAAAAGACCCAAGAAUCAAUAGAUAUUCUUUUUAUUUGUCAUACAAACCAGAUAAAAAUCUUCUUGAUUUAAGUGAAGAAAGGCUUGCAGGAGAAUUUGCUAUUUUUCUUGAUAGAAAUGCUUCUAUUGAUAGCAAAAUCCCAUCAGCUACUGAAGCAGCUGCACUAUUUAUUCGUUCUCUUCCAGAAAAUUGCUAUUUUAAUGUUAUUAUCUUUGGCAAGCCAAUAUUUGAAAAAAGUCGAAAAUAUGACCAAUGCUCAAUCGAUGAAGCUUAUUUAGCAAUUUCCUCAGAUAAUAACGAUAUAACAGAAUGCGAUUUUUUUGGACCUUUGAAAUAUGUAUUAGAAAGUCCUAGGAUUCCUGGAUAUCCACUAAGCAUAUUUGUUGUAACUAAUAGGAGCACUUGGGAUAAUAAAACCAAAAUUACAAGAUUGAUCAAAAAGUAUAAGGAAGCUAAAAUCAAUACAAUUGGCAUAGAUUCAGAUGGUACUUUUAUUAAAGAGCUAUCUAGAAUAGGAAAAGGCACUUCUUAUAUGAGCAAUAGUCCAAAUGAAAUAAAGCAAGGGGUUUUAAGAUCGUUAAAGCAGGCUUUGAGUCCGACUUUUACUGAUAUUUGUCUUUCAGAUAAUAGAAUAUUUGACUUUGUUUUACCAAAUGAAACUUUCAAUGUCACUCUGGAAGAAAAAAUUGAGAUCUCAGGUGUUUUCAAGAAAGGUUUACUUCCAAAAAGUAUAGAUUUACAGUUUAAAACUGAUAGAGUGGGACCUCUUCAGCAUAUAAAUUGAAGCAUAGCUGAAGGCCAAAUAUCAAUAUCAUCCUCAAUUCUUAUAUUAGAAUCUAAAAAAUAUCUUAAGCAAUGCGAUCAAGGAUUAUCAGUUAGAAAAUCCAAAGAAUAUCAAGUUGAAGGAGAUUUCGCCUCUUUCAAUAUUGAAAGAUAUAAGAAAAAUAAACUAACAGAAGACCAAGCAGCUAAUAAUGACUUGGAAGAAAAUGCUAUUGAUAUAAAAAAGUCAAGCCAAAGCUAUUCAGAGACCAAAGUGCAGGAAAUAACUAACUCAGAAAGAAAUUUACUGAAACCUGCAACAAAAUUAAAGCAAAGUAAUAAGCAAGCUAAAGAAAAAACAGUAAACGUAAAUUCAACUCCUAAUGUACAAUCUAAAACUGUAUCAGAUGAAGUUGCUUAUCAAGCUCAAAGCGACUCUUGCUCUAUAGAUGUAGCCUUGCAGGUUAAAAGGGGAAGAAACAAGAAACUAGACGCCGCUUCUCCUCGUAAAAAAGCUAAGGUAAAAGAAGAACAGAUUCAGUCUACUGAAAUUAAUAAGCUAGAGAUUGCUGAAUUACCAGAAAUAUUCCAAAACAUGAAUGAAGUAAAAGGGGCUGAGAAUGAAUAUGAAGUAGAAAAAAUAUUGCAUCUGCAAAAAGCAGAGGGGUAUUGGGAAUUUUCUAAAAAUUUAUCAGAUAUCGUUUAUAAUUUACUUGGUUAUGACUUAGGAAUCUCAAAGCUAGAUCACAAAUUAAUUACCGCUUUAAUUGUAGCUUUCCUUGAAGAGAAAUGCAUAAAGUAUAAGGACUUAUCGGAUCUUAUAGUUAUGAAAGCAAAACGAUGACUUGCAAAAAAUGAUCAAAUACUAAUUCGGCUCUCAGAUUUUAACACAUUAUUUUAA